AGCGCAGGGACUGCUGGGCCUCUUUGCGCGGCGGCGGGGCUUCGGUGUGGGUUGGCGUAGCGCGCCGCUGCCGCCAUGGGCUUUGGGGACCUAAAGUCCGCCGCCGGCCUGCGGGUCCUCAACGAUUUCCUGGCCGACAAGAGCUACAUCGAGGGGUACGUGCCCUCCCAGGCCGACAUAGCGGUCUUUGAAGCUGUCGGUGCCCCGCCUCCUGCGGAGUUGUUCCAUGCUCUUCGGUGGUACAAUCACAUUAAGUCGUACGAAAAGCAAAAGGCGAGUUUGCCAGGAAUAAAGAAGGCUUUGGGGAAAUAUGGUCCUGCUGAUGUUGAGGACACAACAGGUGCAGCCACAGAUAGCAAAGAUGAUGAUGACAUUGAUCUUUUUGGAUCUGAUGAUGAAGAGGAAAGCGAAGAAGCUAAGAAACUGAGGGAAGAACGCCUGGCCCAGUAUGAAUCAAAGAAGUCCAAAAAACCAGCUGUUGUUGCCAAAUCAUCAAUCUUGCUUGAUGUGAAACCUUGGGAUGAUGAGACAGACAUGGCCAAAUUAGAGGAGUGCGUUCGAAGCAUUCAAGCAGAUGGCUUGGUCUGGGGGUCUUCCAAGCUAGUACCCGUUGGCUAUGGUAUCAAAAAGCUUCAGAUUCAGUGUGUUGUUGAAGAUGAUAAAGUUGGAACAGACAUGCUGGAAGAAAGAAUAACAGCUUUUGAAGAUUAUGUACAAUCAAUGGAUGUAGCUGCUUUCAACAAGAUCUAAGCCUUGAUAUAUCUAGAAUAAAUAUAAUUGCAAAAAUUGG